AUCUGAAGGAGAAAGGAACGGGGUACGGAAACUCUUAAGAAUGAUUUCCACAGAGGAUCUUGUUCAACUUGCAAAAACUGUAACAAACAGGCUUGUUUUUGUUGAAAACAGAGAAGAGGCUGCCAAGGCAAUCAUAAUGUAUUCUGACAGUGCAGAACAGUUUCUCCGCCGCAAGCUAGUGAAGCGAGAUUUAAUCUUCAUUUACCUCGCUGAUCUCAAUGUGCCUAUGUCACCUGGUGCAGACAAGAGCAAGCUCAUUCAAAGGGUGCUGGAGUGUUGGCAGACUACGGUUGAUGAUCCGAGGCGCAGGCAGAUUGCUGCUAAUGAUACGAGGCAGACAACGGAUGAUACUAGACAGACAACGGAUGAUACUAGACAGACAACGGAUGAUACAAGGCAAACGAGGGAUGAUACAAGGCAAACGAGGGAUGAUAAUAUGGGUCAUCCUCCAUCGUGCCAGGAUCUAGCCGUACACUUCUCCUCUUGGUUCUUCACGCAACUCAACCAACUUCACCCUCAGCAUCCCGCGGGAGCCACCGGGGACUGGGGACCUAGGCACUUCUUGGACGAUGCCAGCCUCAAACUUUAUGUCCUCCGCGGAACCGACCGCAGCUUGGACGCAUACGGCGGCUCUGACUUGGUCUCACAGAGAUUAGGUUGCCUGGUGAAGGAAGAAGAAUUGGUGUUCAAUCCAAACUUGUCUGCAGAGGGUACUCGAGGGUGCGGUGAGCCACAUGGACUGGUUAUGAUCUCGGUGUGUGGAACCAUUCACAAGGCGGGAACGUGUAUAGGACUCUUUGAGCAAAGCUUUGGACUCGUCAGAGAUCCCAUGGCAGAGAAUAACUGGAAGAUCAAAUUCAUCAAAUUGCAAAUGAAGGAAGAGUCGUCAAGGAGUGUACCAAAAUUAGGACAGUUCCCUCAACUUUAAACGCUACCACAAUGUAUGUAUGUAAAGGCAGGUUUGGCAGUAGACUGAAGGCUUCAGUCUCUAGUAUCGACGGUCGUUUGGCUGAGAAUAUGUCUUGCUCCACAGAGACUGAACAUACAGAGACUGAAGUGCAUCGUACGGGUUAGUAAGAGGAGGUUACGCAAGGAGAUCUCAUCUUGCGCAGCAGCAGCUUUAAGAAAAACGGACAGAUUAACUGAAAGUCAGUUCUUAUAUUUUGAUGUUUUACAUUGAUUUUUUAUGUAAAUUGUAUCAAUAUAUAAUUUUCAUUUAAAAUUUGGAAUGCCAUACCGAGCAAUACAUCCAAUUGCAAUAGCCAACUACUAUUUAAGAGAUCACUAAAAAUAAGAAGUAUUAUAUC